AUGGCGUUCAUGUCCCGGUUCUCUCGGUCCCGGAGCAGCUCCAGGUCCCCGAACCGAAAAGACUCCGAGCGCGUCUCUCCAAUCCUGACCGUGUCCGAGCUGGAGAGGCUGCUGUACACCGGGAAGACUGCCUGCAACCAUGCCGAUGAAGUGUGGCCACGACUUUAUAUUGGAGACCAAGACAUCGCAUCAGAUCGGCGUGAACUGGCCAAACUCGGCAUUACACACAUCCUCAACUGUGCACAGAGCAAGUGGCGCGGCGGGGCCGAGUAUUACGCUGGCAUGAGCAUCACUUAUCACGGCAUCGAGGCUCACGACUCCCCAACCUUCGACAUGAGUGUCAACUUCUAUCCUGCUGCAGAGUUCAUCCACAAAGCGCUCACGAGUGGAGGUAAGGUGCUGGUCCACUGUACCGUGGGAGUUAGCCGCUCAGCCACGUUGGUGCUGGCCUACCUGAUGAUCAGACAGAACCUGACCCUAGUGGAAGCCAUCAAAACAGUGAAAGACCACCGCGGCGUCAUCCCCAACCGAGGUUUCCUGCGACAGCUCAACGGCCUGGACGGCAUCCUGAGAGAGAGCCGGAAGACGUCGCCGCAGAGCUGA